AACGUCACCACAGUUGAUGAUGUGAACAGUAUCAAGAAUCAGGCAGAACCUUCAAGGAGUUUAUGUUCUAAAGUGGAAGGUCAUUGGGCAUGGUGGUGCCUGCUUGUGGUCCCAGCUACUCUGGAGGCUGAGGCGGAAGGAUCGCUUGAGCCCAGGAGUUUGAGGCUGCAGAAUUGCAUUCAGGCUAUCCAUAGACUGCCUGCAAUUUCACAUAUCAGAAAGGAUCUUACGAGCUACGAUUAUGCCACUGCACUCCAGCCUGAACCACAGAGCAAGACCCUGUCUCUUUAAAAAAUAAUAAUAAAGUGGAAGUUUGUUCAUUUAUUCAGUAAAUGUUUAUUGAUUGCAUUCUGUGUGCCAAGCACUGUUCUAGGUGCUGGGGAUACAGCAGUGAACAGAUAAGUCUCUUCCUUCCCGGAACUUACGUUUUAUUGAAGGGAGGAGAAACAUGCAAUCAAUGAGUGAAUAAUAUGCUUUGUGGUGAUAAGGGCUGUUGGAAAAACAAAAGCAUUGUAAAGGGGAUGGAGAUGGGGAAGAGAGAAGGGACUUGCCAUUUUUAUAUGAGAUGCUCGGUGCUGAUUAUUACAACUGUUUGGUGACCUACUUCACCGACCUGUGAGGAUUUCUUCCCUUUAAGUACUGGAUUCUUGAUCUUUCUGCAUCAUCAAAAAUGGAAACAGACUGUAAUCCCAUGGAGCUAAGCAGUAUGUCAGGAUUUGAAGAAGGUUCAGAGCUUAAUGGUUUUGAAGGAACUGACAUGAAAGACAUGAGGCUAGAAGCUGAAGCAGUUGUAAAUGAUGUUCUCUUUGCCGUUAAUAACAUGUUUGUCUCGAAAAGCCUGCGGUGUGCAGAUGAUGUGGCCUAUAUCAAUGUGGAAACAAAGGAAAGAAACAGAUAUUGCUUAGAGCUCACUGAAGCAGGGCUCAAGGUGGUAGGCUAUGCUUUUGACCAGGUGGAUGAUCAUUUACAGACUCCCUACCACGAAACAGUCUACUCCCUGUUGGAUACACUCAGCCCCGCCUACCGGGAAGCCUUUGGAAACGCACUCCUUCAAAGACUGGAAGCUUUGAAAAGGGAUGGACAGUCAUGACUACACUUUUUCCUUUCAGAGGGGCUGGUGCUGGUACAGAAUGUUGAUAUAAAGCUUGAAAUUCUUGCAUAUGGUCAUAGAAAAUGCAUCUUUGGUUUUGUGUUUUUAUCACUUGCUUUCAACUUAGGCUUUUGGCUCAGAAGAUUAUUGAAUAAUGAUUUGUCUUAGUUUCUGUUUCAGUAAGGGAAUUCUGAGGCCGUUGCUAUGAUACCAUCAUUAAGACAUUCACAUGUCUUCAUAUAAUAUCUCUUCAUUUCAAAUCCUAAUCAGUAUUUCAUACUCUUAUUACAGGGCUUUGAUGCUGCCAGCACUGUCUUUUACAUAGGAAAUUCUAGAUUUGCACAGUAAUAGAGGAAUUAGAAUUACCUAACUAUACACUUUGAUUCAACCUGCUAAAUCAGGGGUUCACGACUAGCUUGGAGAAACUUUGUAGUAAUUAAUUGCUACUAGCCUUAUUGGAAACAAAUUAUCAACUAGUUUCCCCUGCACAAAUUUUGAAAUUCACUGCUUCACUUAAUCUAUUUAUAUUAGAAAUAAUGGAUUAAUAAAGAUUAUUUAAUUAUAUAUUACUGAACUAGUAUUAAAUGAAAAACAGGGACUGAAAUAGUUCUGUAUUCCGUGUUUGCAACAGCCAGCCAACUAAGCAGAGGAUAAACCGUUAGCAAUGAAUGUACUAAUUACUCAUUUCCAAGAUAUCGAAGCACAUAAGCAAAUACAGGAACAGACUUCAUUCUUUUUCUUAACAAAAAGCAUCUUCGGUGUGUGAUUUAAAAGAAAGAAGAUUCUGGUUUCCUAGAAGACAAUAUUUUGGCCUGUGUUGAUUCUUAUUCUGAAUGUGUGUUUACAUAAUGUACAGUAUAUAUUCAGAAAGUAUUUUUGCUUCAACAUUUACUUUCUAUGAUGUAGUGCUUUGGUAUUCCCACAGCACCCCACCUUCCCCAACAGAUGUACAGUGUUCUGUCUCCAUGCAAAAUCUACAAUGUAAUAUGAGUGCAUUGUAUGGGUUUGAAACCAAAGGAUGAAUGAAGCAUUCAGAGACUUAAUAUUUGAAAAAGGGAUACUCAGUAUUUUAUAUUUUAUUACAGGUACUGAUAUUUAUAAAUUUAAUAAACUGUACCAUGCUGCCGCAUGUUUUCAAGUACAUGUUGAACAAUAAGGAUUGGGGAGUUGUUUUUUAAUGGUCACCUAAAGCAGCUGCUGUAGAAAUGUUGAACUAAAAUUUUGCAUCUGGUCACACCUUCAUGCAUUUGUCAUUUGCAGAUAUUUUUCCAUCAUUAUUAAAAAAUAGGAACUUUUAGGCUCUGAAGAUCAUGUGGACCAGAGCAAAUUAAAGUUCAGUUUGUGUCACAAUUCAUUGCCAGACUUCUUUGGAAUGCUUUGUUUGAUGAUGUAUAUUCAUUCUCAGCUUUCUUUUCAGAUGCUUAACUGGGCAAUGAAGUCUAACUUCAGGUUGAACUUUCUCAUGCUUAAUCUCAGGCUAAAUGUAAAUGAUAUUUGUAAAGUUUGAAUAAAAUUCAGUUUACUCAUUUUGAGUUAGUAUGAAGAAAAGUGAUUGUAUGUUUAAGAAUUGAAAUUGUUCAUUUUGUGAUAAAUGAUUAAUUCCAA